UAAAAGAACAAAAAACAUGGCAAAGACAGUAGUAGUGUUGGGUGUGUUUGUUGUGCAGCUUAUAUGGAGCAGCAGCUUGUAUGGGCAUGCAAAUGCUGCUUCACCGGUCAAGUUUCUCCCAGGGUUUCAGGGACCCUUGCCCUUCCACCUCGAAACCGGGUAUAUAGGAGUAGGAGACGUGCAAUACUUCUACUACUUCAUCAAGUCUGAGUCUGAUCCAAAGUCAGACCCUCUCAUGAUAUGGUUAUCUGGAGGCCCUGGUUGCUCUUCUUUGAGUGGGCUAAUCUAUGACAUUGGUCCCAUCACUUUUGUCCCAGUGGAAUAUAAUGGAAGCAUGCCUGAAUUGACAAUAAACCCAUACUCCUGGACAAAAACUGCGACCAUUAUUUUCUUAGAUUUACCUGUGGGAACUGGAUUUUCUUAUGCAACAAUUCCUCCUGCUAAACGAUCAAACACUCUCCAAACUACCCAUCAAGCAUACGAGUUCGCUCUAAAGUGGUUACUUGAACAUCAAGAAUUCAUGUCAAAUCCAUUAUAUAUCGGGGGUGACUCAUUUGCUGGCCAACUCGUUCCUGUCAUUACUCAAGUCAUAUCAGAUGGGAAUGAGAAAGGGAAUAGCCCCCAAAUCAAUCUUAAGGGGUAUGUUAUUGGCAAUCCAGUAACUUUUCUAGGUGAAAACAACUAUCAAUUCUCUUUUGCCCAUGGAAUGGCCCUCAUUUCUGAUGAACUUUAUGAGUCCUUGGAAGAAAAUUGUAAAGGAGAAAAGUAUCAAAAGAAAGAGCCGGGUUGCAACAUAAAUCCAGAAAAUGUCAACUGUGUGAGGGAUAUUCAAAUUUUUGAGGAGUUGACUAGCGACAUUCAAGUUGGUAUGAUAUUAGAUCCAAGUUGCAGUGAACUUCAAGCAUCACAUAAAUUACUCAGCAACUGGAGAUUUCUUGACGAGAAGCAUAUAAAUCUUGUUAACCUUAAUUCAGAAUCUUCAAACCAAUGUCUUGAUUAUUUUUAUGCUCUGGCGGAAUAUUGGGCAAAUGAUGAGAGUGUUCAAGAGUCACUCCACAUAUCACAGGGUAGUAUUGGGAAGUGGGAAAGAUGCAGCAAUGAUUUGGAUUAUAUAUAUGACCUUGAUACUGUUGUUCCAUAUCAUGCAAAUCUCAGUGCUAAAGGUUAUAGGUCGCUUGUUUAUAGUGGAGAUCAUGAUAUGAUUGUACCAUUCUUGUCAACGCAAGCAUGGAUACGGUCUCUAAAUUACUCUAUUAUUGAUGAAUGGCGACCGUGGAAUGUUGAAGGCCAAGUUGCUGGGUACACAAGGACUUACUCCAAUAAUAUGACAUUUGCAACGGUGAAGGGUGCAGGCCAUAACGCUCCUGAUUUUAAACCUUCUGAAUGUCAAGUUAUGGUAGAAAGAUGGUUUUCUUCCAGUCCACUAUAUGAUCUGUUGAUUAAAAUGGUCACAGAGAAGCUUAACAUCAAAUUUCUGCCUGGAUUUCAAGGGCCUCUCCCUUUUGAACUCGAAACCGGUUACAUUGGAGUGGGAGAGUCCGAGGAUGUUCAGCUGUUCUAUUACUUCACCAAGUCAGAAUCGCAGCCUGAAUCUGACCCCAUUAUUCUUUGGCUAACUGGAGGUCCUGGCUGCUCUGCACUCUCUGGUUUACUGUUUGAAAUAGGGCCGUUUACUCUUGAAAAAGAGAAGUAUAAUGGGAGCUUACCUAGGAUUGUUUUGAAUCCUUACUCUUGGUCAAAGGUUGCAAGCAUUAUUUUCUUGGAUUCGCCCGUGGGUACUGGAUUUUCAUAUGCCAAAACCCCGUCUGCUUUGCAAUCGAGCGACAUGCAAACUUGCCAUGAAACAUAUGAAUUUGUUCGGAAGUGGUUGAAUGAUCACCCGGAGUUCAUAUCCAAUCCAUUCUAUGUUGCCGGGGAUUCAUACUCUGGCAUUCUGGUUCCAAUCAUUUCUCAGUUCAUAUCUGAUGGGAAUGAGAUGGGAAUUCAUCCACAGAUUAAUCUCCAGGGGUAUAUGCUUGGGAAUCCAUUAACAUUUCCAGAAGAAAAUGACUAUAAAAUUCAAUUUGCUCAUGGAAUGGCACUUAUUUCUGAUGAACUCUAUGAAUCUCUUCAGGUACACUGCAAUGGAAAGUACCAAAGUGUAGAUCCCAGCAAUGCAAAGUGCUUGCAGGAUAUAAACACUUUCAAUGAACGGAUCAAUGGACUUGAUGGUGCACAAAUCUUGGACUGGACUUGCGGUUUUGCAGUCUCGAUGGUAGAUGAUAUUGCCAGCCAACGACGAAGAUCUCUUCACCAACAACUCGAUCAUCACCCACUAUCUGCAAUAAAAUGCCAUAUUGAUUGGUAUAGGCUCUCUUAUUACUGGGCAGAUAAUGAAAGUGUUCGCGACGCCCUCCAUAUAAAGAAGGGAAGUAUUGGGAGCUGGACUAGGUGCAACCUUAAAUUGCAAUACAAAACAACAACCUGGAAUAGCAUUCCGUACCAUGCAAACCUCAGUGCUAAAGGAUAUAGGUCUCUUAUAUACAGCGGUGAUCAUGACAUGAUGGUACCCUUUCUUUCAACUCAAGCGUGGAUACGAUCUCUAAACUACUCUAUCAUUGAUGAAUGGCGACAAUGGAUUGUUGAAGGCCAGGUUGCCGGUUACACAAGGACAUACUCCAACCAGAUGACAUUUGCCACUGUGAAGGGUGGAGGGCAUACAGCACCAGAGUACAAACCUCCAGAAUGUCAGGCCAUGAUAGAAAGAUGGCUAUCUUAUAAACCUCUGUAG